CACACAAACACAAGUCUUGGGAUUUUAAAGGGAAAGGUCUUAAUAUGGGAAGCCUUAGGGUGUUGAGGCAUUGGCCUCAACUUAUGUAUGCUUUUCUUUUAUUAGCCACCAUCAUUGUAGCCGAUAAGCCUUAUGGUUAUAACUCUCCACAGUCUAAAGGCUGGAAAUUGCCACCAGUGAAGCAUACUUUGCCAAAGACGCAUUACGUUUACAAGUCUCCACCACCACCAGUAAAACACACAUGGCCACAUCUACCUUAUCUUCACAAAUCUCCUCCACCGUCAUAUAUCUACAAGUCUCCACCUCCUCCAUCACAUUCACCACCACCCCCGUAUAUAUACAAGUCCCCACCCCCACCAUCACCUUCCCCACCACCUCCAUACGUAUACAAGUCUCCACCACUCCCGUCACCUUCCCCACCACCUCCAUAUGCGUACAAGUCUCCACCACCCCCAUCACCUUCCCCACCACCUCCAUAUGUGUACAAGUCUCCACCACCUCCGUCACCUUCCCCGCCACCUCCAUAUGUUUAUAAGUCUCCACCACCCCCAUCACCUUCCCCACCACCUCCAUACGUUUACAAAUCUCCACCACCUCCAUCACCUUCCCCACCUCCUCCAUAUGUGUACAAGUCUCCACCACCCCCGUCACCUUCCCCACCACCUCCAUAUGUUUACAAAUCUCCACCACCUCCAUCACCUUCCCCACCUCCUCCAUAUGUGUACAAGUCUCCACCACCCCCGUCGCCUUCUCCCCCACCUCCAUAUGUGUACAAAUCUCCACCGCCUCUGUCACCUUCCCCACCACCUCCAUACGUGUACAAGUCACCUCCACCACCAUCCCCUUCCCCACCUCCUCCAUAUGUGUACAAGUCACCUCCACCGCCAUCCCCUUCCCCACCUCCUCCAUAUGUGUACAAGUCACCUCCACCACCAUCGCCUUCUCCCCCACCUCCAUACGUUUAUAAAUCUCCACCUCCACCAUCACCAUCUCCGCCAUCUCCAUAUGUAUACAAGUCUCCUCCCCCACCAUCACCAUCACCACCUCCCCCAUAUGUGUACAAGUCACCUCCACCACCAUCACCUUCCCCACCACCUCCAUACAUUUACAAGUCACCUCCACCGCCGUCACCAUCUCCACCACCUCCAUAUGUGUACAAGUCACCUCCGCCACCAUCACCAUCUCCGCCACCUCCAUAUGUGUACAAGUCACCUCCACCACCAUCACCUUCCCCACCGCCUCCAUAUGUAUACAAGUCUCCACCUCCCCCCUCACCAUCUCCUCCUCCUCCUCCAUAUGUAUACAAGUCUCCUCCCCCACCAUCACCAUCCCCAGCCCCGCCUUAUAUCUACAAGUCUCCUCCCCCACCAUCUCGUGUGCCACAACAUCCAUACUACUACCAAUCACCACAUCCACGAUCAAAGUCGCCCCCUCCUCCAGCUUAUUACUAUAAGUCUCCCCCACCACCAAGACAUUAUUCUUGUAAAGAAGAGGGUGUCUUAAUUAGCAUGAGAAGUCAUGGGGUGUUGAGGCAUAGGCCUCAGCAUGUAUAUGCUUUUGUUUUCUUGUUGGUUGCUACUCUUGUCAUUGCUGACAAACCUUAUGGUUAUGAACCUCAACACUCUUAUGGUUCGAAAUGGCCGCAACCGUUGAAACAUAAUUUUCCCAAGUCGCCUUAUGUUUACAAGUCUUCACCGACGGUGAAGCACACAUGGCCGCAUCUACCUUAUCUUUAUAAAUCUCCUUCUCAUUCGUAUAUCUACAAGUCUCCACCACCUCCUUAUGUUUACAAGUCUCCGCCACCACCAUCGCAUUCACCACCGCUGUCCUAUGUGUAUAAAUCUCCACCGCCACCAGCACAUUCACCACCACCUUCCUACAUGUAUAAGUCUCCACCACCGCCAUCACCGUCACCACCACCUCCGUAUGUGUACAAGUCUCCACCCCCUCCAUCGCCAUCCCCACCACCAUAUGGCUACAAGUCUCCACCACCACCAUCACCUUCCCCACCACCUCCGGGUACGGACGAAAAAAUCCAAGAGGUGCAGACGGGAUUAUCAACGGAAAAUAGCAAUAAAAUUUUUUUUCCCGGGGGUGCGCCCGCCCACCUUGGACUACAUGUAAGUCCGCCCCUGCAUUGGCCUCAACUUAUGUAUGCUUUUGUUUUGUUAGCCGUCAUCGUGGUAGCCGAUAAGUCGUAUGGUUAUAACUCUCCACAGUCUAAAGGCUGGAAAUUGCCACCGGUGAAGCAUACUUUGUCAAAGAUGCAUUACGUUUACAAGUCUCCACCACCACCGGUAAAACACACAUGGCCACAUCUACCUUAUCUUCACAAAUCUCCUCCACCAUCUCCAUAUGUCUACAAGUCUCCACCUCCUCCAUCACCAUCCCCACCUCCUCCAUACAUAUACAAGUCUCCUCCACCACCAUCACCUUCCCCACCACCUCCAUACGUGUACAAAUCACCACCUCUAUAUGUGUACAAAUCACCACCACCUUCCCCGCCACCACCAUACGUUUAUAAGUCUCCACCACCCCCAUCACCUUCCCCACCACCUCCAUAUGUCUAUAAGUCUCCACGACCUCCAUCACCUUCCCCACCACCUCCAUACGUGUACAAGUCACCUCCACCUCCUUCACCUUCUCCACCACCUCCAUACGUGUACAAGUCACCUCCACCACCAUCCCCUUCGCCACCUCCUCCAUAUGUGUACAAGUCACCUCCACCCCCAUCGCCUUCUCCACCACCUCCAUAUGUAUACAAGUCUCCUCCCCCACCAUCACCAUCACCACCACCUCCUUAUGUCUACAAGUCUCCACCACCACCCUUACCUUCCCCACCACCUCCUUACAUUUAUAAGUCUCCACCGCCACCCUCACCGUCUCCACCACCUCCAUACGUUUACAAGUCUCCACCACCUCCAUCACAUUCUCCACCUCCCCCAUAUGUGUACAAGUCACCUCCACCACCAUCACCUUCCCCACCUCCUCCAUACAUUUAUAAGUCUCCACCACUACCCUCACCAACUCCACCACCUCAAUACGUUUACAAGUCUCCACCAACCCCAUCAUAUUCUCCACCUCCCCCAUAUGUGUACAAGUCACCUCCACCUCCUCCAUAUAUUUACAAGUCACCUCCACCUCCUCCAUAUAUUUACAAGUCACCUCCACCACCUCCAUAUAUUUACAAGUCAUCUCCACCACCUCCAUAUGUGUAUAAGUCACCUCCGCCACCAUCACCAUCUCCACCACCUCCAUAUGUUUACAAGUCACCUCCACCACCAUUACCAUCACCAUCUCCACCACCUCCAUAUGUUUACAAGUCACCUCCACCACCAUCACUAUCUCCACCACCUCCAUAUGUAUACAACUCUCCACCUCCCCCCUCACUAUCCCCACCCCUGCCUUAUAUCUACAAGUCUCCUCCCCUACCAUUUCAUGUACCACAACAUCCAUACUACUACCAAUCACCACAUCCACGAUCAAAGUCGCCCCCUCCUCCAGCUUAUUACUAUAAGUCUCCCCCACCACCAAGACAUUAUUAAAAGCACAGACUUAUUCAACAAAGAAGAUUAAGCCAAUUUUCACUUAGCGUGAUGAUAUAAAUGUUUCUUUUCGGUCAACUUAUUUGCUUUUGUCAUCCAUUCUUAUUUAAUUGUAUAUGUGAGUUAAUAACAUCUCACGGUGAAAUGAUGUUUUAUGUUUUACCGUGUGUUUGUCUUAUUCUUUCCCUUUAUCAAUAUAAAGAGAUUAUUGCUAAUUCUCACUUUCCUUCUUAAGGGGUAUGGUCCAAAAUCUCGCACCAACGCGAGUGACCAUCACC